CCAUGCAAGGCUUGCCUAGAUCAAGUUUUCUUCUUGGUUUAUUCUUUCUGUUUCCUAGACCUAGGACACAUCCAUUCCUGCAACUACUACUUUAAUUGGUUUUUUUCUCGUUUGAGCUCAUGUUGCCGUCUGUCCAAGUACGUGUUUCUAUUUUUAGCCGAGAAUACGUGGGAUUUUCCAGGAAAAUAUUGACAUUGCAUAUCAGGAUCGUCGCUAAACAAAGCGAAACCGAAAGUUGGAAGUUCCGAGAAGUGCAUGAUAGGAAAUCCCUAUCAGAUCACGUCAGCCACGUAAUGGUAAGGUUGCAUAUAAAUAAGGCUGACACACCUGGAACGAAUUCAUCUCAGAACGGCGAAACUGGGAACCGGCCAUCCACGUGAUCAACAGCUUGGCCUGUUGGGACAGCUACUGUGAACACGAUUGUCUCCAGCGGCUUAGAAGUUGUCAUUACUUACUCAUAGACACAGCUUCAACCAGAAAGACAACACUAUGGCUGCUGCUGCUGCUGCUGUUCCUGAAGAUUUGAAGAAGAAGGGACCAACACUGGAGGAUCAAGUUUUCAUGAUAGAGAUCAUGAUGGACACAUUUGAGAAAUAUCUUGAUCCAUCACUUAUCAUCGAUAAAAUUAAAUUACCAGAAGACUUAAAAGAAGAAAUUGAAGGUCUACAAAAUUAUGGAAAGAGGUCAAAAGCUGCAAAGAAGUUGGUGAAGGCAAUUUUGAAGGACCCCCAGGAACGGGUGCCAUUCUUUCUACUGGCACUGAGAGAAGUUGGUUUUAAGCACUUUAUCAACAUUCUCGAUGAUCGGGCUGAAAAUAAAGACAUGGAUCGGGCGUCUGAAAAGUAUGAUCUCUUGCUGAAACUGCUGCAAGGCGAUUUGGUGAAAAAAAUAAUUCCAUCAGAAAUAGUUAUGGACCUUGUUCCAAUACUCAACAGUGGAGAUGAGGAGGAGAUAAAUGCAAUAGAGGAUAGAAGAGGUGCAAAUCAUGCAUGCCGUCACAUGUUUCGAUGCAUGCGCAGGAAAGAUCCACACUGGCCAGUUAAGUUCAUGGACGUUUUGCACAACAACAACCCAAGACUGCAUGCCAAACUAGACCCGGAAAGACAUGAUGACAAUGAGUCUUGUAGUGAUGACGAUGACAAUGAUGAUGGUGGUGAUGAUGAUGAUGAUGAUUCCUCAAUAGCCACUGGAGCAGAAAGCCUGGCAUCAUCAGUCUCACAAACUAAUCCUAAAGAUGUUUAUGUAGCCCCUGUGGAGAUGUCCCGAGAAGAUCGCUUGCGAGAUCUUGAAAGCAUGCUGCAUCCUCCCUCAGAUGGUCCGCCCCACAGUCAUGCUACAAGUGAGCCAUCGAAUCACGACGGCAGUGCCCCAGAGUUCUCUGAUGAAGAAAAACAAGAUGAUGAGGAUGAUGAGAAAGACUCAGCUGAUACAGCCAAAGAUGAUCCACUAGAUCUCAACCUCCGCCGAUACCAGCUGGAGUUGGCUGAGAAUGCAGUAAAACGCCGUAACACCAUCAUCUGUGCCCCUACCGGUUCAGGCAAGACAAGAGUGGCACUCUACAUCGUCAAAGACCAUCUUGAAAAGCAGGAUGAAGCUGAAGCUGAUGUGCUUGUUCCAGGGAAAAAGAGGGUGGUGUUUCUGGCACGGACUGUUCCUCUGGUAAAUCAGCAGUAUGGUACCUUCCAAAGAUUCUUUGGACAGGAUUACAGGAUAUUCAAGCUGAGUGGUGAGGACGAGAGCAGCAUGUACCUCCACCAAUUGCUGGACCUGUACGACAUCUUUGUGAUGACACCACAGAUUCUGGAGAACCAACUGAGGGAUGCAAAGAUCAAGUCCCUGUCUGUGUUCAGCCUUAUUGUGCUGGAUGAGUGUCACCACACACGGAAAGGGGAGCCCUACAACAAGCUCAUGAUCAGAUAUCUCAAGCAGAAAAGCAAAAAGAAAUCCAUUCGCCUACCGCAGAUUGUAGGCCUGACAGCCUCCUUGGGAGUAGAGAAGGCAACGGUUGAUGAGGAGGCCAUUGACAGUAUCCUGAAACUGUGUGCCAACAUGGAUGCCCCCUAUCUCUCCACAGUACAGACACACAUAGAAGAACUCAAAGAAAAGGUCCCCGUGCCAAAUGAAAAGACUUAUCCGCUGACUGAGGACCGAAAAGACCCAGCACGGAAAGAGUUGGAGAACGCCAUGGAGAAGAUAGAGGACCUUAUGAUUGAAAUUAAUGAUCUGAACGAUAAAGCAAUUGACAAUUUGCUGAUGAAGCGCCCCAGCAACCGGAACAGCCAGCCGUACGGCCAGUGGGCAGUCCAGAUGAAGAAUGAAUCCAGACUUGUUCAUACAGGCCGCAGGGAUGGUCUGUUUACUGUAGAUGUUGACCCUAAGAGAGCAGAAAUGGCCAGGAGUCUAUUUGUCAUGGCAGAUCAUAUCUUUAAAUACAAUGCAGCCUUGGAAAUUCAUGAUAUUGUAAGGAUCAAGGAUGUGGUGGAUUACCUCCAGAAGGAAUUCAGUCACGGUUGCCACAGCACCCAGUUACCUGGUGGUGGCAGUGUGCAUGUACCUUGUGAAGAAAAGCUGGAUGAGAUCUUCAGUGGUUUGAAAAAGAAACUGAUCCGUUAUGAACAGAAAAGGAGAGAUGAUCCCAAGUAUGACAACCCCAAUUUGAAAGUGUUAGCUAAAACACUGACAGAAAUGCUGGAUUCAAAAGGCAGCGACUCCCGAGCCAUCAUAUUUGUGAGAACCAGGGCCACCUGCUACGCUCUGACCAACUGGCUGAACGAAGACGACAAGAUUGAUCCCCAGCUGAAGGAUCUGAAAGCCAUGGCGUUCACUGGUGCUGGAGCAAAUGAGGAGGAAGGAGGUAUGACACAGAAUGAACAAGACAAAGUGAUUUCCAAGUUCAAAAGUGGUCAGGUCAAGUUGAUUGUCGCCACAUCAGUAGCGGAGGAAGGGCUGGAUAUCCCAGAAUGCAACAUUGUCGUGAAGUACAACCAUGUCGGCAAUGAGAUCACAACUCUCCAGACCCGAGGAAGAAGCAGGAAGGCAGGAGGGACAUCUAUUCUUUUGGGCGGCAGCAAAGUCCAGCAGAAAGAGAUGUUGAAUGUUGCUCGGGCAGGCAUGAUGCAACGAGCCAUUACCACCAUCAGAGGUAUGCCAAUGGAUCGAGUCAAACGUCGGAUUGACAAUAAUCAGGCUGAAACUCUUGCCAAAGAGGCAAUACAGGAAGAGGUUCGACGCCAUCAGACCAGACAGAAGCUGGAUACAAAAUUCACACUAAUGUGUGCUUGCUGCAGAAAGCUGUGUGCACACAGCAAAGAUCUCAGGAUCAUUAAUGGGAGCCAACAUGUUGUCAUCAGCCGUGAUUUUGAAGAUCGGAUCAACACCCAUCAGUUUAGGAACCAGAAGAAACCGUUUGAUGGAAUCACAAUGACAGGCAGCAUGCAGUGUCGGAACUGCCAUAAGCCAUGGGGGGUGAAGUUCAUCUACCAAGGUGUGGCUUUCCCCUCCCUGGGUAUCAAGUACUUCAUUGUCAUCAACGAGGAGACAAAGCAACCACAGUACUACAAGAAAUGGUUGGAGCUUCCAUACCAAAUCCAGGACAUUUCAGCAGAGGAUUUCAAGACACUUUUGGGAACUGAAAAUGUUUCCAGCUCUGAUGAAGAUGAUGAUUAUGAUGAAGAUGAUGAAUUUGGUCUUUGCUGAAAAUGCUGAGAUGAGCAGCUACUAUUAUUCAGUUUGUCCACUUCUCAGAAUUUUUUUUUUUUUUUUUUUUGUGCUUGUGAGGACGUUCCUCUUCAUCAUUGUGCUUGUGAGGAUGUUCCUCUUCAUCAUUGUGCUUGUGAGGAUGUACCUCUUCAUCAUUGUGCUUGUGAGGACGUACCUCUUCAUCAUUGUACUUGUGAGGAUGUACCUCUUCAUCAUUUUGCUGGUGAUCAAAUGUGUUGGUUAUCAGUGUAUCCUCCUCCUCCUCUGUAACUAUCCCCUCUGUAACUAUCUCCUCUGUACCUAUCUCCUCCUCUGUAACUAUCUCCUCUGUACCUAUCUCCUCCUCUGUAACUAUCCCCUCUGUAACUAUCUCCUCUGUACC